UCGAGGCCUGCAGAGCGCAUGCUCCGGGACAGUUCGCGGCCCGGCGGGUGAGCGCCGGAGUUGGUGGCGGCGGCUGCGCCCGAGGAUAGGAAGAUGCCACCCAAGCGGAUAGCCAAGAGAAGAUCACCCCCGGAAGAUGCGAUUCCCAAAAGCAAGAAGGUGAAGAACUCUCGUAACCAGGCAGCGCGGGCCACUGCCUCCCGCCGUGGUCCCGGUGUCCUCUCCGGCCAAGGUGCCUGCAGGCCAAGCCCUCCUGACCAGAAAAUCCGACCAGUCUCACACAGGUCUCACAGCACAGAACCGGGCUUGGUGCUGACACUGGGCCAGGGCGACGUGGGCCAGCUGGGGCUGGGCGAGACUAUCAUGGAACGGAAGAAGCCAGCCCUGGUGCCCAUUCUGGAGGAUGUUGUGCAGGCCGAGGCCGGGGGCAUGCACACUGUGUGUCUGAGCAAAAGUGGCCAGGUCUACUCCUUUGGUUGCAAUGACGAAGGUGCCCUGGGAAGGGACACCUCAGUGGAGGGCUCAGAGAUGGUCCCCGGGAAAGUGGAGCUGCAGGAAAAGGUGGUGCAGGUGUCAGCAGGAGACAGUCACACCGCAGCCCUCACCGAGGAUGGUCGAGUUUUCCUCUGGGGUUCCUUCCGGGACAAUAAUGGUGUGAUCGGGCUCUUGGAGCCCAUGAAGAAGAGCAUGGUGCCUGUGCAUGUGCAGCUCGAUGUGCCGGUGGUAAAGGUGGCCUCCGGAAAUGACCACUUGGUGAUGCUGACAGCUGAUGGUGACCUCUACACCUUGGGCUGUGGGGAGCAGGGUCAGCUGGGCCGGGUGCCUGAGUUAUUUGCCAACCGUGGUGGACGGCAGGGCCUUGAACGACUCCUGGUGCCCAAAUGUGUGCUGCUGAAGUCCAGGGGGACCCGAGGCCAUGUGAGGUUUCAGGACGCCUUCUGUGGUGCCUAUUUCACUUUUGCCAUCUCCCGAGAGGGCCAUGUGUAUGGCUUUGGCCUUUCCAACUACCAUCAGCUUGGAACACCAGGCACAGAAUCUUGCUUCGUACCCCAGAAUCUGACAUCCUUCAAGAAUUCUACCAAGUCCUGGGUGGGCUUCUCUGGUGGCCAGCAUCACACAGUCUGCAUGGAUUCAGAAGGAAAAGCAUACAGCCUGGGCCGGGCGGAGUACGGGCGGCUAGGCCUUGGAGAGGGUGCUGAGGAGAAGAGCAUACCCACCCUCAUCUCCAGGCUGCCCACUGUCUCCUCAGUGGCCUGUGGAGCCUCUGUAGGGUAUGCCGUGUCCAAGGAUGGUCGUGUUUUUGCCUGGGGCAUGGGCACCAACUAUCAGCUGGGCACAGGGCAAGAUGAGGACGCCUGGAGCCCCGUGGAGAUGACUGGCAAACAGCUGGAGAACCGUGUGGUCUUAUCUGUGUCCAGCGGCGGCCAACACACAGUCUUACUAGUCAAAGACAAGGAGCAGAGCUGAUGAAGCCGACUAGGGCCUGACGGCUGGCCCCUCCCUGCCUCACCAAACAGGGACGCAAAGACAACCGCGGAGUCCUGAAGGCCUCUCCCCAGCCCUCAGUGCUCUGUCAUCUCCUGCCUUUUCCCCAUCAACAGAGCAGAGUCCUUUUCCUCUCUCUUCUUUCUGGAGUCAUCCUGGAAUCUGCAGGAUUAAGUUUGGGAUGGGAGAACUUAGACCUAACGAUGUGAUUGGUUAGACCUCUCUUCCCCUCCAACUUCCUACCUCCUGUGGUCCUGGCUGGCCUUGGCUUUGCCUCCCAAAACACCAAAGCUUGCUUCUAGGUGUUUGGUGCCUGCACUGUGAAAAGUUGGGGCUCUGUCAGGUCCCAUUGUAGUCACAUGCCACUCCUAACAGUCCCCAAGCAGACAGCUGCAACAGUCACCUGACCCAUGCCUGGGCUGUCUGGAGAAAGGGCAGGCUAGAGAGCUCUGGGCAACCCCAAGUCAAAUAUUUGGCUCUGAACAGGUGUCCGUGGGGCAAGACAAGAGAUCUACUUGAUGAAGAAAAAUGGCAGCUGGCUGUUUCCCAGAAGCACAAAGCACACUCUUGCCCCUCAUGGCUGCCUGUUCUCCAUCCAUAUGGCUCCAUUGCAGCGACCAGAAAGCCAAGCUGGGCUGGGCUGGGCUGGCAGGGCAGCCAAAGGGUAUUGACAGGGAGAGUGGGAGGGGCUUAUAAACCAUGUAUGACCCAUACAGGGGUGACUGGGGAUGGGGGGGUAGAAGCUGGUCCUGAGGAAAGGAAGCAGCACCAUGUACAGUUGAGAAAAUAAUUUUGAUUUUUUUUUUAACUGUAAAAUAUUUUGGAGGGGAGAGUGAAAUCUUUUAAUAAGUGAAAUCUUUUAAUAAAUGUAGAGUUUUAUAAAAAGGCCACUUGUUUUCUACACACUCCCUGGCUUUUAAGGGAGUGCCUACCAGUUGCCAGGCCCUGUUUGUGAAGGGCAGAAUAAGCCAUGUCUACGAAAUAGAUGUUCAGGAUACAGACUGAAGCAUGUCAAGGUGUACGAAUCACUAGUGAUUCAAGAAUCACUAUAUUUCCUUUUUAAUGAUGCUGCAGAAUAGAAGAUAGGUGGAAUGUCAGAUUGUAGUCUCCUAAGUAGCUAGGAUUUCAGGCAUGAGCCAUCAGCAC